AAAAAAAAAAAAAAAAGAACGGCAAAAUUAAGGGGGGGAAAGAAAGACCAAGCCAAUGGUCUCUAUGGUCGAGGCCUCUUCUAAUUCCACGCUGAACAAUAAUGAUCCAGCCAUGGAGUCCGUGGCCACAAAGUCAGAGCCCAUCCUGGAUGGUUCAGUCAGUCCGUCCGUCUCGACACCUGAGGUAGAGGUAGAGGCCUUGACACAGGAUGUUGCCCAGACGCAGAAGCGAAAGGGAGGCCGCAAACCUAUCUACGCAACCUCUGAGGAGCGUAAGCAACGCAACCGACAGGCGCAGGCGGCUUUCCGUGAACGUCGCACUGAGUAUAUCCGCCAACUCGAGUCCACCAUCAAGCGUAAUGAAGAUAGCCUGCAGACUCUCCAGCAGAAUCACCGCACUGCUGCUGAUGAGUGUCUGAUGCUGCGGUAUAAGAAUUCGCUGCUGGAGCGAAUCUUGCUCGAAAAGGGCAUCGAUGUCCAAGCUGAGCUGCGAUUGAAGACAGGGACACCCGGCGGCCCUCCUCAACCGAAACCCAUCAUGGCCCCCAAGCCGCCAACGACGCUGGAGCGGGCUGCGGUGAACCGGAACUCAGUCCAGAGGCAUCCCCAAGCUGGGAUCGCUUCCAAGUCGGCAGAGCCUUUUGGCCUCCCACAGCAUCGCGAUGGUGCGUACGGCAUGCCGUCGCCUCAGUUCCAGGCCACACCGCCAUCCCACGUUUCAUCGCCGUCACACACCAAGUCACCUGGUUUCGGUUUCCAGGGUGCCAUGUCUCCUGUCGGGAUGGACGCCCAGGUCCAGCAGCAACAGCAGCAGGGACGACCUCAGUUGCUUCCGCAAUCGAGGAAUAUCAAUCAAGCAUCCCCUCCCAUGGGAAUGCAGCAGUCUGAGAACGACCCCAAGGCACUACCGGGGUCACGGGCUGCUCGAGUUCCGUCGGCGGCAUAUUAUCCCUCGCCAUUCCAGAAACAUUAUGACCAACUAGAACAGGAAUACGAUGCUCAAGCAGAUCUCGUCGACGAGGAUCAAGACUCGGUAGAUCCGUCGUCAUACGUGCCCGGGUUCAAUGCUUCGUCCGGUGCAACUGGAUCUCACGCUGUUGGGUCUCAUGCUCUCUCGACUUUCACACCACAGUCCGAGUCAUCCAACGGUGCAUAUGGGAAUGCCAACCAGAUGCUGGGGAAUUACGAACCGAUGCUGGACACGGACCCGUUUGGGUUAAGUGCGAGUAUGCACUUCCAGACCCCUUUUAGCUACGAACAAACCCACGCCCGUCACUAAAAGCUUUCUUUUUUUCGUCUCUUAUGUUGUUACAACUUCUUGACAUGUAUUCCAUUUUCAUCAAAAAGUUCUCUUCCGACUUGGAAUUGGAAGAGCUUAAAUGUUUGUUUUUAUUUAGCAUUACUCCCGGCGUUUGAGAGGAUAUUGAUACCAUUUGUUUUUAAAAUCUUUUUGGCGGUCAUUGUCGGACAUUCCCGAACAGCUGAAAAGAGCAAAAAGAAUGUUCAAUCAGAAAAGCAAAGUUACCUGUUUUACUUGUAUGUACGCUAGAACAUGACACGUGAGGCAUAGAUGUUAUCCAUACCGGCAGCUCCGAAUAUUUACUCUGUACAUCUGUAAGUGUAUAAUACCUCGAAUUGAAUUACAUUUG